GUGAGCUCAUUGCGAGUUAUCGUGUGACGGAUUUCGAUUCCUGGAUUAUGCAUCCUGCUGUUUCCCCCGCCUGCUCUCAUCGCAUCCCUGAUCCCGUAUCUGCUCGACCUACCCUUCUCUUGACAGAAGUUGGAGCAGCGGAUCGACUUCAUUCCGAAACAGACAUGGGGCUUAACUCGGACGAGUCCUGGAUUAAGUGCCCAUUUUAUGUUCUCUUGCAAAGUGAGGAGGAUGAGUGGGGCUGGCACGGCAUGAGAUGGCAAAGGUUUAAAGACCAUUCGUCUGCUGCCGGAAGGGCCCCACUAUUCGGAACCUAUGAAAAGCAUGGGCUAGCAGUUUUAGCCAAUGGUGAAUUGGAUGGGCUACCAGUUUUCUUCAAUGGUGAAUUGGAAUUCGUUAUUCCCAAGGAGUAUCAACCAGUUGUUUCUUCUGGUGCCAAAGGUUUAGGUGCUUGGUAUGGUGAUCAAGUGCCGUUUGAUCCUAUCCAUCUGUACAGCCCUCGGUCCAGCAAAGAUGGGACUCGAAUUCUCUUCCAAGGCCGGCAGACAGCUCCAAUUGUUAUUGAUCUCAGCCAAGUCCUUUAG